CCUCCGCCUCAACCAUACCAUGAGUGAUGCUUCUGGUCUAGUGCAGUUCCUAACGGCUGUCAGUGAGAUGGCCCAUGGUGAAAGUGUCCCUUCAGUCAUGCCCAUUUGGGAAAGGCAUCUCUUCAAUGUGCGGUACCCUCCACGUGUGACCUGCACACCCCAUGAGUACGAGCGGGUAGCUAACACAGAGGGCACCAUCAUCCCACUUGAUAACACAAUCCGGUGCCCUUUCUUGUUCGGCCCCUCUGAAAUAUCAACUAUUCGUAGUUUCCUUCCCCACAGCCUUCGUCAAUCUUCUACUUUCGAAGUGUUCGCUGCGUCCUUCUGGCGAUUCCGCGCCAUAGCUUUAGAUAUAGAUCCCAAUAAAGAGAUGCGAGCCAUAUCUCUUGCCAAUGCCGUUUGAAGUUCAAUCCUACUAUACCCACGGGAUUUUAUGGGAAUGGGUUUGCUCUUUCAGCGGCUUUAACAACUGCUGGGAAGCUUUGUCAAAACCCAUUGGCGUAUGCAUUGGAAUUAGUGAAGCAGGCAAAGGUAGACAUAGCGCAAGAGUACAUAAAAUCGGUGGCGGACU